AUGAGCAACCAGCACCUAAGCUAUGACGAGCUGGUGGACCAUAUCGUUAACAACAAGCCAAUUCCAAAUGUCAUUCAUGUGCCUAAUAUUGCUCACGACGAGUCGUUAAGAACCAAAUCUCAAUUGCAACCUAGGACUAAGCCAUGGGAAGCAAACCAAAGAAGAGAACCAGUGACCAAAGAAGCAAGUAGUAAGACGGUAACUGAAUCUGAGACGGUGGAUAGUUUUUCGCGGGCGAAGAACCUUGAAAGUUUGUCCACUUAUUAUGCUAUCGAAACAGAAUUCGAGCAGCACUUAAAGAAUUUCCUAGAUGGUACAGAGGAGGAUAGUUCUGUCCAGUAG